AGCCCAGCGGGGUGGGGGGGCUCGCACCGAGCCGGGUCAAGCCGCUUCCCCGCGGGACAAGGGACCAGGGCCGGCUUCCCCGAACUGCCAGCCCGCCCUGAGGCCUCCGGGGCUCAGCUCCAGGCCGGGCAGGAGCCGGGCUAGGGGUCAGUAACGAGCCGGGCAGCGAUGGCGGCCGCCGCCAGGCUGUGGAGGCUGAGGCGGCGCCUGGCCGGGCCUGUGGCCGCAGCCUGCCGCAGCAGCAGCAGCAGCGCGGCCCCGCCGGAGAAGCUCACCCUGAGGCGGCAGGCCGAGGGGGUCCGAAGCAUUGUCUUGAACAACCCCAAGAAGAGAAACGCCCUGUCCCUCUCCAUGCUGCAGGCGCUGAAGGAGGACCUGCUGCACGACAUCAAAAGCAAAGAGCUCCGCGUUAUCAUCAUUUCAGCUGAAGGCCCUGUAUUUUGUUCUGGCCAUGAUUUAAAGGAACUGUCAAGUGAAGAUGAUGUGAAGCAUCACUCCCAAGUAUUUGCAGUAUGUGCAGAGGUUAUGACUUUAAUCCAGAAACUUCCAGUACCGGUGAUUGCCCAAGUAAAUGGCUUGGCUACAGCAGCAGGCUGUCAGCUAGUGGCAAGCUGUGACAUUGCGGUGGCGAGUGAGAAAUCUCAAUUUGCUACUCCUGGAGUAAACAUCGGAUUGUUUUGCUCCACACCAGCUGUGGCCUUGGGCAGAUCUCUUCCAAGAAAGGUGGCAUUAGAGAUGCUUUUCACGGGUGAACCUCUUUCUGCCCACGAAGCCUUAAUGCACGGGCUUGUCAGCAAGGUGGUACCAGAAGACAAGCUAGAAGAAGAGACCAUGAGAAUCUCUCGCAAGAUAUGCAAAAGCAGCAAAUCCGUCCUGGCACUGGGGAAAGCCACCUUCUACAGACAGAUGGCACAGGACCUUGAUACUGCUUACAAAAUAACCUCUCAGGUCAUGGUAGACAAUUUGACUUUGAGGGAUGGGCAGGAAGGCAUUGAAGCCUUUAUUCAGAAACGUAAGCCUGUCUGGUCACAUUCUCAGGAUGAGAAGAAAUGAAUACUGUUUCUAAGCUAAGCGUAGCUGUGCUUCGUGAUUCUUCACACAGCUGCCUUUGGGAACUAUAUUUCUGUUCUUUCUGAAAGUUAAAUUUCUUAUCAUACCUAUGCCAAAGCCACAAUAAAUUAUUUCUAAGUAUAUAUAAUAAAUUUUAAGAAAAAUCAAACCAAAUAUAUAUUUUUUUCAGCAAUGAAUCUUUUCUGUGGUUUCAGAAGGAAUGCUGUGCUACAAAAAUCAGGUUGAUAUGUCCCAGAUUACGUAUGGAAUCACAUGGACUGAGAGAGAACUCGGAUCACCCUGUUUAGUACCUGUCUCCCUAGUUCUGGUUGUUAUUAAUAGAGAAUUAAAGGGUUUGGACACA